GACUUGACGAUCUAAUGAAGGGAAAAAUAACUUCCGGAAGUCAUCAGAAUGUAUUUUGGAAAACGGGGAUUUUUGCAAUUGGUUAUAUUUUUUAGAAAUGUGAAUUACAACAUGAUAUCAUAUGAUUGAAGGGGUGAAUAGGAUCAAUUAACAAGAAAAAUGAAGAUGCCACCGGCAGAUGGUGGUCAGAUGAUGGUCCAUCAUGGAGGCCCAAGAGGAGGGGAGACCAUGCCGCUAGCCAAUCUGAUGGAAAAUAUCAUACAGAGGACAUACCAUGAACUUACUGUUUUGUCGGAAUUGUUACCUAGAAAAACUGAUAUGGAUAGAAAAAUAGAAAUCGUACAGUUUGCCAGUCGAACUCGUCAGCUGUUUAUCAGACUGUUGGCACUAGUGAAAUGGGCCAGUACUUCUAAUAAAGUAGAUAAAUGCACAGAGAUCUGUAAUUUCCUGGAACAACAGUCCAUGUUGUAUAUAGAUACAGCAGAUACCUUAGCCAAAAUGUCCAGGGAGACUUUAGUUAAUGCUAGAUUACCAAACUUCUCCUUACCAUGUGCAAUAGAUGUAUUAACGUUGGGUACAUAUCCAAGACUGCCUACUUGUAUUAGGGAAAAGAUUGUACCUCCAGAUGCCAUUACUCCAACAGAGAAAAGACAGACACUACAGACAUUGACCAAGGUUAUACAGUACAGACUGGUAUCAUCAGAACUUCCUCCUCAGAUGAGGAAACUUAGAAUAGAAAAUGGUAGAGUAAAGUUUCAUGUUGAACAUGAAUUUGAGGUGAUCUUAACAUUGAUGGGAGACAGUCCCACAAUUCCUUGGAGGCUACUGGACAUAAACAUUUUGGUGGAGGACCCAGACACUGGAGAUGGAAAGUCCCUGGUACAUUCCUUACAAGUCAACUAUAUACAUCAGUUAGCUCAGUCACGAUUGGUGGACAACAACAGACCUUUGCAUGACCUGUAUAAAGUUUUACAUUCCUUUUGUCAGUCACUACAGCUAGAGGUAUUAAACAGUCAGACAUUACGUCUGAUACGAGAGAGAAUGGGGGACAACAUCAGGAUAGAUGAGUACACUGUUGGCCGUUGUCUCGUAGUCUCAUACUGGAGGGACCAGACAAAGAAGGACAAACAGGAUCCAGUUGUGUAUAAACUGAAAGUACAUGUAUCAGAAGAAGAUGAAGGCAAGCCAUUACAGAUAAGUCACAGCCCAGUUAUGUCAGUAGAGGAGAGCCACAGAGUUGGACUGGCAAUAAAAAGUAAUCAUUUAUCCAUAGAGAGGCUACUAAUGCAGACCAUUGAAGUCAGGAUACAUGCUAAACUGAAGGACCUGUCGAAAGAAUUUCAGAAAUACGUCAUUGGACAAUGUGAGAUGAAAGACUUACCAAUAGCUUUACAUGUACCGGUACUUAGUCCUACAUUAGAGUUUGAACACCUCAGAAUAAUGAUGGACUCCCAGAGAGGAUCUAUAUUAGCCUCCUUGUGUGGCAUUGAAGGUGUACAAGAAGUCCAGGAACUAGAAGAAUUUUUAAACACUGGAGAAUGGAAGAACUUAGGAAAAUUCAUCGUUAACUUACGAUUACAGCUGGUCCUUAUUCGAUGUGAGAAAUCAGUCCAGUAUUUACCUACAACUUGUCAGAAACAUUUACCUUUGAUUACCUCCCCUAAUCACCCACUGGAGGAAGUUUCUAAGAGUAGAUUCUACAUCAGGGUACCCAAACAGUCAUCUCACUAUGUGAUAGUAGGAUUAGAGGAGAGUAAGAACAGGAAGGUAGACAUCAAAUAUUACAUGAUUGAGACCACGCCCUGUACAGCAGACGGCACUGACGAUGAACUGGCAGAGGACGUAGGAUCGAAAUUAUAUCUUAGAGCUGGCAGACUCUAUCCUCUGGACGAAUUCUCAUUUACACAUGGACCAUACACAAAGAUUUAUGCUGAAUCUGAAGAGAGUGAUUACGAAAUGCAACAAAAGAAAAGAAAGCUGUUAUUGGGUGAAUAUGAAGGACCUAAGAAUAAAAAGAUGAAAGGAUCUGUGUAUAUGAUACCUGAAUUAACAUAUAUUCUAUCUAGCUGUGAGGAGAGAUUGGCUUUUGUCAAUUUAGGUUUAGAGUUUCAGAAGAAUGGUGUGGUCCAUUCAGGAGUACAAGUGGACUGUGAAGGCACAUGUUUUUGCUUAUCAAUAGCUAGCAUGCCAGAUGUUCCUAGUAUAAUGAAGGAGACAAUGGAAGGUCUAAAGAAAGCUUUGUUGUCAUUGAAAGUUAGGAUUUUAUGUAAACCAACAAGAUCAUGGAUUGUUGAGUGUUUGUUUGCCAGAUCACCACUUCAGUCAUUAAGCAGAAAGGAAUCUGGUCCUAUCCAAAGAGUGAUCUACAUGCAUGAAAUAAGAGCUGAGGAUAGCAGUAAGAAGGUGGUAAUGAUGAUAUUAGAGGAAUGGACUUCAAUAGCUAAUUUAUAUAGUCUGGUCAAGGAUUUCUCUCUUGUAUAUAAUGACACAAGAACUAAGCUGCAUCAGUGUGUCAGUAUAGAGUCCUAUUCUUAUAGAAGAUUGUCCAUGUUGUAUGGCCCAAAUAAAACAAAUGUGGUAAACAUACAGUGGAGAAGUGAUGCAAAGCAGUUCCAGCUUAGUCUGGGCAGUGUUGGUCAGUCACCGACUAUAAAUCCUCACUUUAUCAUGCUAACUCAGAUACAGCAAGAGCUUAACUGUACACGAUCUUUAGCUCAGUUGUCACAGGUUUUACAUGAGACGUGUGGUCCAAUGGCCUCUAUAAACAAGCUCCCUACAGCUAUUGUACAUGCAGGUGCAUCUAAUCUGAAGCAGUUAUUCCAGAACUUCACUAUCAUGCCACAGUCAACAACACAUGUUAGAAUCUCAUUCAGACAAGUUAUUUGUAUAGAUGUACAUUUUCGUAGUAACGGAAUAGUUGCCCUUAGAGAUGGUGCUUUCAGCUUAUUUGAUAAUAGUAAAGUUGUGGAUGGUUUCAAUCCAGCUCCUAUGUUUAAGGCUUUUCUGACCAUGCAUGUAGAUGACUCCGUCACAGGAUUACACAUGCGUCGGAUAUCUACAGCAGAAGAUGACAAUCCUCCAUCACCUAUAGGUAUGGAUGCUGUGGAUGUCUUCAGUAUGUCUCAGCAACCAUCCAUCGGAUCACCAGCCUCAAGAAGAGAUGGUGGAUUGAGGUUCCCAAGUCCAAUGACUCCACCCUCUAAUCCACAUACACCAGCUUCUCCAGCUAGGAUGCCAGGGAUUGCUCCUUCACCAUCAACAAAUUUGAUAGGGACACCAUCUCCUGCCACGCUCCUAACCGGUGGAUCUCCAGCCCCUCCUCAACAGUUACAGAUUAACUCACCUGGAUCAUUUGUACCUAUGCCAUCUCCUGUCUCAUCAUUUGUCACACCACAAGGUCCAUCCCCAGCAUCCCGUCAUGGAGCAGCAACAUCACCAGGUCACCCUGCCUUACACUCACCACAAACCAUGGGAAAGGAUGGAGAUCUGUCUAAACCUUCAGUACAGCUGAGUCACUCCUCUAGAAUGUUACCACAGAAGGCAUGGGCAGCCUCUAUACCAACACUCCUGUCUAAUGAAGCCUUUGAUAUCCUCCUCACCCCAUGCAUGGUGACUGGAGCAGUGUGUGCUGUGUCACCACUGGAGAGAUUCCUAGGGUGUGCCUUCCUUAGGAAACAUUUACCUAGGAUCAUACAAGCUGAAGAAGAGCUAGUAACAGUUCCAGUUCAAGGUACCCAGCCACAUGUUAUCCAGUUUAAGACAGAGAUCCUACAGUUUAGAGUUAGCUAUAAUAUGAAUAGCUUCCAGAGUAUACACUUAAAUGUUCAAUCAACUCCAGAUUAUAGAGAACAUUGGCCUGCUGAGGUACUAGAGGUUGUACAACAAUUCUUUGAACUAAAGAUUGCCUGCCCUCCUUUUAAACUGAACACAGUCAGGGCUUUCUGCAGAUUGAUUGGAACACCUAUCAGAGUUCUCAAAGAUUGCAUUGAAAUUAUGAGAAUGGAACUGUGCCCUGACAACAGACACAAAUGGUCAGUUCAGUGGUGUUUGACCGUGCCUCCUGCCUGUGCAUUUGUAGCCCCUGCAGGAACUCCAGCUGUUGUUUUCAAGAAAGCUACAGGAAAGAUGUUAUUUAUGCUUCAGUUCACAAAGAAUGUACAGCAAGGUGGCAUUGAACCACAGACAAUAUAUACUCAGUUGUUAUAUGAUAUCAACAAAAAUGCCAUCGAACAGAUGCAAGGACCAAACACAGCACGUCAACUUCAUACUGCACAGUACAUGGCCAUAUCUCAGUUAUUAAAACGCUUUAGUGAACUGUAUCAGAAUUCUCCAGAAUGUUUAGUGUUUCCAGCAGUAAGAGAAAUCUUACAAAAGUUUGAUAGUUAGAUUGAAAAGAAAACUAAUGAUCACUUUUGUAAGAUAGAAAGUUGAAAUUAAAAAUACUGUGUUCAUAAAUAAAUACUGGAAAUGUUUCUGUUGCAAUACCUGGAUCAAAUUCAGAAAGUUUUCCUAUGUGUCGUAUAAAAUCAUUAAUAAAAAAACAGAUGUCACCACCAUACCUGGUGCAGUACAAUAUUUCUCCAAUCUCAAUUGUUAAAUUUCAACUAAAUGUAUUUAUAACAUGAAAAUUAUCUUGAGUGAAGAAAUUGUUGUAAUAUUUAUGUAAAAAAUAACAAGAGAUCAGAUGGAAGGAGGUUCUUUUGAAAUUAUGAAACUUCAAAAAUUUAGAGUUAAAAAAAAAUUGUUUUUUAUAUGUUUGUUUCCAUGUGAAUUUGUCAAGUAAACAGUGCUACAAAAUAAACUUGUAUGAUUUUGUA